CCCUGUCUCAAAACAAAACAGCAACAAAAAACAAAAUAAAAAAACCCACGAAACACCCACCACUGCCACUACAGUAACAAAUCCACCCUCCCCCAGAAAAGCAAGCUAUAUGGUAUCCCAUUAUCUAUACCUCACUUUGUGUAUUCAUUUAUCCAUGGUACUUUCAUGUCUUGACUUUGAACAAUGCUGAAAUGAAAUGAACUGCAGAGUGCAGAUGUCUCCAGCCUGAUGACUGAGAUUCUUUUGCAUGUGACUAAAAAUGGGGGUUGCUGGGCCACACUGUAUUGCUUUGAAAUUUUCAUGCAUUGUGGAAUACAUGUACUAUACUCUAUCUUGCUGCUCUUCCUGACUCCUCUGUGUGUGUGUGCACAUGUGUCUGUCUGUCUGUCUGUCAAGAACUCUUAGCAGUUUUCAUAAAGUAGCAUACUUCUCCUAUAUAAAGCAUGAAAUCGGAAAGAACUCUAAAUUCAGAUAUUUCCUUUCUACAGGAUAGAUGUUUAUCUGCAGGACAGGUCAAUAAUAUGUACUUCAUGACAUUUGGAUGAGGUUGGCCAUUUGUAAGAAUAUCAUAUUUCUUGCUCCCACAGGGCAUUUUCACCCCAAAUCUCAUCAACUCAGAAACUAGGAAGGACCAGACCUCUAAGUCUGUAGAGAUAGCGUGGCUGCAGAGGAUGACGAGAUGACGUCAUAGUGGGUCUUGUAGAGCUUUGGAGUUUAAGGCAGAAAUGUAUCUGAGUCCACACGGAAAUGAGACUCCUACUGUGGAGUGGCCACUGGGCCAGCCUGUGAAGGGAGGUCUGCCGAAGAACUUAGCAGUGGGUGCCAGUACCAUGGGAUCAGCCCAAGCAGGAAACACGUCUGAUUUUGACUUCUGAAAACAUGGGGUGGCAAAAUUGCUUCCAGCAGAUGAAGCCAGCCCCAGAGAAAGAGUCUGAACUCAUGGUCUUCUGGAGAUGAGGAGAGCUGGUCAGAGAGUCUGUGGGCAGCCAAGAAGCAUGGCUGUUGUGAUCCAGGAUCAUCCCGGAUCCGUGAGGUGAUGAUGGUACAGGUGGAGAGUGUGCUGGAAGUAAAGGACUUAUUGUGGUAUAGGCAAGAACGUCAUCUGUGACCGUACUGCCACGCCACUAGACGCCUUCCGCAUGAUGUCAGCAGCCCACUACUACCCCAAGCUCAUGAGCAUCAUGGGCAACGUGCUGCGCUUCCUGCCCGCCUUCAGGCGCAUGAAGCAGCUGAUCGAGGAGGGCUACGUGGGCGAGCUGCUGGUGUGCGAGGUGCAGGUGCACAGUGGCAGUCUGCUAGGCAAGAAGUACAACUGGAGCUGCGACGACCUGAUGGGCGGUGGCGGCCUGCACUCCGUGGGCACCUACAUCAUCGACCUGCUCACCUUCCUCACAGGCCAGAAGGCCGUGAAGGUCCACGGGCUGCUCAAGACCUUUGUAAAGCAGACGGACCACAUCAAGGGCAUCCGGCAGAUCACCAGCGAUGACUUCUGCACCUUCCAGAUGGUGCUGGAGGGUGGAGUGUGCUGCACCGUUACCCUGAACUUCAACGUUCCUGGAGAGUUCAAGCAGGACGUGACUGUGGUGGGCUCUGCUGGGCGUCUCCUGGCAGUGGGCACUGACCUCUACGGGCAGCGCAAUAGUGCCCCGGAGCAGGAGCUGUUGCUGCAGGACACUACGUCGGUGAGCAACUCCCUGUUGCCUGAGAAGGCAUUCAGCGACAUCCCCUCCCCCUACCUGCGGGGCACCAUGAAGAUGAUGCAGGCAGUGCGCCAGGCCUUCCAGGAUCAGGAUGACCGGCGCACGUGGGACGGCAGGCCUCUUACCAUGGCUGCCACCUUUGACGACUGCCUGUAUGCUCUCUGCGUGGUAGACACCAUCAAGAGGUCCAGCCAGACUGGAGAGUGGCAGAACAUUGCUAUCAUGACAGAGGAGCCGGAGCUGAGCCCCGCUUACCUGAUCAGUGAAGCUAUGCGCAGAAGCAGGAUGUCCCUCUACUGUUAGCACUGGGACCUGGCGGACUCGACCUGCUGCGUGGGGCCACUUAGGGGGAAACGCACUGUGGAGAGGGCAGCCGUGGGUGGGGAUUGCGGGAGGGACAGCAUGAAUGCAUAGCACGUAAGAAGGCGGCUCCCAUCCUAGGCAGAGGGUCCCAAUCAUAGGUGGUGGUAGGUGGAUUUCAUGUUCAAGAGGGUGUGCCAUCCUAAUUGGGUAUCAGAUAAAAGGAAGGCGGUUUAACUAGCACCUUGUAGUCCACUACUGUGAGAAGCAAGGAGGGCUUGCCCCCUGCCCUACCUCAUCCAUCUACAUACCUUGGCUUUCUUUGUAAGCUAAGGCUGUGUAUCCCGUGACAAGCUCAGUGGGAGCUAGGCUUUCUGUCAGCGCCCCCCACUGGCAGGAGAAGGCACACCACCAAAUGUCUGCAAAGGUUUUUGGUUUUUUUGGUGUAGAGGGGUAGAGGAGGUGGUGGGUGGGGCCGGUGAGAAAGUUGUAAUUCCCGGAAGCCACUGCGUUUUACUUCAAGGAUCUGAGGGGAAAGUAUUUGGUAGCAGAGUGCACGGCUUCUUGGUUUCUCUGUGUCCUAGGAAGCACGAGGGCCCGUCUAACUGGCUCAUUGCUGUUCCCCUGGUACAGUGGGUGUCUGUGAUGGAGAGUGGACGAGGUGACUAAGAUGACAGACGAGCUGCAAGGAGCCAUUUCACAUCCCCCCUUCAGUGGGUGGUGGAACCCGGUGUGAGUGGCAAUCAAGUUGUCCUGCCACGAGGCUCUCUGGGCAGCGCUAAGCAUGCCACAGGUCACAUGGGCUUGGCUGUAGCUGCCUGCCUAGGUCAGGACAGCUACAGACCUGGGUGUUGCUGUAUGGGCUCCCCAAAAGCAGAACAUGAGCCCAGCCCCAGUUACUGCAAGCCCAACUGCCACGCUGAAGAAAGAUUAGACAUUUGUGGGUUUAAAUAGGAAGCUGCUAGCGUCACUCCCAUAGACUCCUUCUUAAGAAGAGUCAAGGCUCUUUCCUUUACCUUUGGCCUUGCCUUUCAGGGUUCUGACUGCUGGAAACUUUUGAAUAGGUAUUCAGACAAAAAGCCAACAGGGAACAGUGUUUCUUAAAAUAGGAAUUUAGAUCCCCAAGAGGGGCAUACAUAGGUGGAGAAGGUUCACAAUAGGGAAAAAACAAAAAAUCUCUUACUUUGUCUCCUGGUCCCCUUGUCUUUUUACUCUCCAUGUGAAACUAGAGAUGGCCAAGGACUGGCUUAGACCAAGCCUAUUGCUACAUAGACACACCUUUGUAAAUGUUCGCCAUCCUCCAAUAUCACUACAGGAGUCUUUAAAAUUUGAAUCCGGUCUUGAAAGGUCAGGUCACAUACACGUGGGAAAUAGAGAGUUCUCUUUUUCUGGGUUGGCUUUGCUAACCUUCACCUGGCAUGUGGCAGUUUUGAGCCUGGGGAUAUAUAGACCAGUCCCCAUAAGCAGUCUGCCUAGAACAGUCACACUCAUACUGGAGCCCACACACCAGUGGGAUGAUGGUCAUUUUCUACCACCAAGGAGUGAGUGUUGCCUUGCUAGGGGCCCUCCUGCAACAUGGUAAAGUCAGUCAAUUGAAAACCUUCCCUGGCUCUAAUUAGCUGCCACCCCUAGUGGCCAGCACUCCAGAUCAAAACUGGCAAUCUGUGUACAGGGCCACAUCAAAGACCUUUUUUUGUUUGUUUCUCUCAUAAAUUGCUCUCUAGGAAAAUAAUUUUCCCCUAGCUACCCUGGAAAGCUGUGAUUAAGGAUAGAAUUGGGGGCAUGGUAGAUGACUUGGUGGAGUUCAUUUUUUCAAGUCAUUUACCUAAUAAGAUAUUCUUGAGAGUUCAAUUUUUUUCUCUACUUUCCCCCAUGAUAUUUGACGUUUUCCCUGUGAUAAACAUGCCUGAUCUAAAACAAAAACUCUCAUUUGAGGUUAAGAAAGCAUAUGUGUUAUUUGAAAGAGUAGGACGUAUACUGAAAUUGUAUCUACAAAUGCAUGUGGUAGAGGGAAACAGGAGGGGAUGGGGGCAGGUGGUUCGUUGAAUGUAAAAGGGCAGCAGAUGGUUUCAGGGGCUUCUGUAGUGCUCCUUCAGCCCUUGAUGUCCCCACGUGCAGAUUCUUGAUUGGCAGCAGCUAUGUGAGGCUGGAAUCCAAGUUUUCAACAACAUUCCACAACUGACUUUGAUCUAAGUCCUGGCAACAACCAGUCGCUUUCUAAUUUCUUUUACAUGGCUUAAAGGCCUGGUAGAAUGGAGGCUUUUUGGGGCCUUCUCAUUCAUUUUCCCCUUGCCUUUCCUGUACACACACACACACACACACCCCUACUCUACAGAAGUCCAGAUUUUAAAGCAAGUAUACACAUGUGUUUGGAAAUGUUCUGGGGUUUAUCUGCAAAGUUUGGAGUCUAGAACUCCUCCGUGGCCACUGUCAAUUCCUCUAAGACUUCUCCUCUCAGCGAUAAAAUUGCAUCAUGCAAUUCCUUCAGAGCAUCUUUGUUUCCUUGGCAACACAACCCACAGUGUUAGAUCCUGUCAGCACUCAAGGUCCAGUGUCACCUGGCUACCCACCAAAUGCAGAGUGUUGUAGGCACAUCUUACUGUCUAUAAAAAUAGUAUGGAGUACUGUCCCAUUCCCUCUGUGUAUAUAUGAAGAUGUAACAUGCCCAAAGCCACACAGAGUGAGCAGACCACAACUUUGCAAUUUUGUCGUUCUUGCCAGAACAAGCAUUCCUCAUGAAGCCUGUAGGGGGUGUGCUCCCACCCCAAGGAGCAACUGUAAGAAGAGUGGCUGAGAUCCACAACACUCUCCUUGUUGAGCAGGAUACUGAAUUUGAUGUCCUGCCAGCAAGUUGGCAAUUACCACUGCAAACAGAAGUGGCUGGUUUUUCUUCCCCUUCCCAAAUGGAAAUGUCACUCAGCUUCUUUUUAAAUGGAUUUCCUAUGUUGAUUUUUAAUUGUAAAUGACUCAGCAACCCUCAGCACUGGGGACUUUCUAAGCAUUGUUAGCUGUGAUAGGUGGCCUUGGGUUUUGUUGCUGGGGCCUGAGUGUAACAUAGGAAGACAUCUUUUCCCAGGAAGGGGGGCUUUGGGGUUUGUUUGGGAACUUGGGUUUUAGCUGUGUGCAUUGUUCCAUCAAUACUUCAUCUUGUCCAGCGAGUGUAGCUAUUGAACUUGACUCCUGGUUAUGAAUUAGGUUUCUGAUCAGGUCUCUUUUUCCAGUGGGUACUGGAGGAAAUAAGCUUUGUUAAGGAUGCCCUGGGAGAAAGUCAAGCCAAUAGGGCAUGAGAGGACUUCAGUGGCAUCUAUCAGAUUCUUCCUUUGACAUCCCAGAGAGGAAUGUAAUGGCCAAGGUCAUCCACUUUUUUAGUGGUAGAUCCACGUUGGGAAGACCAUUUUCCUGAUUCUCAGUUUCUCCCUGACUUAACUGCCUCUCCAGGACUACCACAUAGGGAAGGGAGGCUCAUCCAGGCGAUCAAUCUGGCUAGGUGAUAAAGGCCAGAAUGAGGGCGCAGACCCUUGAUGGACAGUAUUCACUGAGCUGUGACACAUAAACCCAUACUUUACAAACAUGUUACAAGACUGUGUGUGUUAGGGACAGAACCCAAGGCUUUGUGCAUGCUAGGCACGCUCUCUACCACUCAGCUACACCUCUAGCCUCAACUGUGUCUUGGAGGUAUUCAGAAAACCUGUUUCUAUAGCAGAAGGGUUCUCUCUAAUCUGCACCUUUCUGGAGACUAGGGGACAUAGUCAGACUUGAGGCCCACUCUACUGUUGCCUGUUGUCCCGGUGCUGAAUGCAAAUCUUGACUCUCACUAGCCAAUGACUCUUAUUCCAUUCACCGCUGAUUUCCUUUGCCCACCAAACCCCUGAAAUUUGCAGGACAAGGUGAUGACACUGGGGAACUUGAGGGAAAUAGCACCUGCUAGAUCAUCCUGUUUGUUUCCUUUGGGCAAGGGAGGGGUGAAGAAGGGAACAUUUCACGAGUCUUCAGUGUGGCUUCAGGGUCUUCUCCAGCACUUGUGCUGUUCUGCUGGCCCACCCUGGUCGGUGUUGGCCGGUGGGUCAUGCUCUCAGUUUAGCUGGAGCUUCCAGAACUUCUCUGCAGAGCUGUUACGCCCUCUUGUACUUCUCAAAAGUGUGUGGUUGGUGGUCUCCUUAGAGUUUGGCAAUCUGAACGAUUGUAUCAGUAAAGAGAAGGUAGGUGACCCAACUGGCCUUUUCUUCCCUGCAUCAGGGUUCUUAUUUGCUGGAGCCCUUGAGAGGGCCAAUGAAGCCCUGGCUCUCUUCCAGGCCACUGACAUGUUGCACUACUGAAUACUCUCAAAUCUGCUGCAGCCUUUUGUUUAUACCAGCAGAGAACAGAAUGAUCAAAAGAACAUUCUAGUUGAAAUGCUUGAUGCUUAGUGCAGUGAUCAAAGCUUGCCUGGGCCAGUAGAGCAGGGAAGUCAUCACGGCCAUGGAGUCACUGUGUCAGUGUUGUCUCCUGUGCCCUGUCCAGCUCUCUGCUGUCCCCUGCAGCCACCACAAGGGCUAGGCUGUUCAAUGAGCCCCAUAGCUUCUAAGAAAUGCAAUGGCUUAUUUGUAGUGCUAAGUGACAUCCCAGGUGAAGAAGCAAAAGCCUAUGACCUGCCCUUCCCUGUCCCUGUAUUCUGCCCUGUCCCUUGUUUAGGGGAGGGAGAACUUUCUAGCAAUUAUGGCUUUGUUUGCUGCCUGGUGCUUUUAUAGUAUGUCAUUUGUUUUCAUGUCCUCUUUUAAAACCAAAAUUGAAUUGGUUUGGUUGUCAUUGUCAAGUGUAUAUUUAUUGCUUUACAAAUGUGAGUAUGUAUGUAUGUGUAUGUAUAAAACCAAACUUAUAUAUAAAAAGUCAAGGCAUGUAUACUAGAUAUUUUAAAGUUAUUUAUCAAAGGGAAAAGAUGUGUGUUAUAAAGUAAAACAGAGUCUAUAUUUUAUAUAUAAUGUAGAUAGCAAAAGAUAGCUUAUAAAUUAUAGAAGGUUUUACUUUCUGUUUUCUAUUAUUAAACAAAAAAUACAGAAUUUUGGAAAGGUAUUUAAAAACUAAAGGAGAACAAAUGCAACAGUGCUUAAUAUUUUCAAGGCAAACUGAUAGGGAGUUGGAGUUGGCCUGCCCUCCCUCUGCAGUUCCAGGCUGAGUGGAUGAUAACCCCUGGUGCCUGUGUGAUGCUCUGGACCAGGGUAGGCACACUCAGACAGCUGUUUGGACUGCUACAACACUGCUUUCAGCUGUUCAUGAAUGGCUUUGAUGGGAUGAGUGUUGGUGGGAGAAAGUUUGAAAGCUGCAAAUAAAAUCUUCAAAGAAGUGA